AGUACAUGGAAAUGCAAAUAGAUUGCAAGAGCCAAGAGAUGGUAUUUUGGGUUAUUAUAACUAGUCACAGAUCUGGUCAGUUGGCCGGAUUCAUUUCGAGAAUUGAGUAUACAAAAAUAGCAAUCAAUAUGCAAGAUACGUGUUUGUUUGGUAGUAUAGGAAAUUCAAAGUUAUUAGAAUACUAAAAAAAUAAAUUAAAUAUGAACUAUGAUAACAAACUUCAUGUCCUAUAAAAUUUUCCAUCACCUAAUUAUUUAUUGUCAAUAGCAUUUCAUGAUGCAGAGUUAAUAUAGCAAAGAUGAACCCAAUAAUUUCCUUGACUGUAAUUCAAGGAGAUUACCAUAGAUAUGAUUCACAAUAUCAACAUUUCUAUCUCUUCCACGUGGAAUGCUCAAUGAAGUUGGAAGAGAUCAUUGACUCCCAAAAACUAUUGUAAGCCACUCCAUCACCUCUAUGCAAAAUUCAUUUUAUGAAUUAUUUAAUUUGAAUAGCUUCUUCAGGCCCAAGGUUUUGUUCACAAUACCAUAUUUUGAGAGAACUUCAAAAUUUUCAAUGAAGCCAAAUAGAUACCACCUUUUGAUAGAAAAUUUUACAAUAUGUGCUCGCGUUCCCUUAGUAAUUACAAUGGCUAAAUUGUAAGUUUGGUCACUCGAAUUGCUACAAAAUUUCACGUUUGGUCACUCGAAUUCGUUUAUUCCAUUCGUAGUCACUUAAAUUAGUUGAACAGUCCAAGUUCGGUCACUCUCCGUUAACUUCCGUCAGACUCCGUUAAUGUCGUCAGUUAACUGCUGACGUGGCUAACAGAGAUGCCUAGUCACCCAAUUUUAACCCAAGAAAAAACAAAAAUUGACCCGCCACGUCAGAAAAACGUGCCACCUCAUACAAACACAACCCAACCCACCCCAACCUAAAAAAAACCAUUAACCCACCCAGAAAUCGAACCCGUGACCCAUCCGCCCUUCUUCUUCCUCCUCUAUACCCUGCUUCCGCCGCCGCUGGGGGGAUUUCCCCUCGAUCUCCCUGCUGCAGCUCCGCCGCCGGAUCCAGGGAUUGGGAUGGAACCACUGCAGCACCGUCCAGUCCACUGCAGGAACAUUCAAUUGAAGUCUGUUUCUCAUAAGUUAUUAGUAAAAUUCCCAGGGGAAAAGUGACAACUAAGGUAAAGCAAGAUCCUUGAUUUAUCUAAGAAUUCUGCGUUGUUUUGGUGGAAGUGUGUGCAAAAUUCCUAGUGCCCCACAAGCUGUAGCAAAAAAAGAAUGAAGCAAGAAGGGUGACUGACAAAGUGACGAUCCUGAAACUUGAGUUGCAAUCAAGGGCAAGAGGAGGGAGGGAAUGAGAAAACAAGGCAAGGCAGAAGGAAAAGACAGUAUUGCUGAACUCACCCCAUUCCCAUUGGCAAGCAAAAAAACCAUGUUCAAUGAGCUGAAAGCAGAAUGGAAAGAGGGGGAAAACAGCCCCCAGGGGAAGGAUAGAGGUAUGAAAAUCCUCCUACCACGGAAGUUGCGUUUGGGUUGGUCGUGUGAGAUCUCGGAAUCGCCCGCCACCAAAUACCCUCCCUCAAAGCAUAACAAACUCAGGUGCUAAAGGCAGAACCCACCACCACCAGCCACCAACAGAAACAAAAUAACUCCAAUCCGUACGGACAAAUCCCCUGGAACCUAAUCAACGAACGGACAGUCCCAGCUUCUUCUUCUUCCUCUUUGCUCUUGAUAUGGGUGUGGAAGGCCAAGGAGGAGCUCCGCUGAGUGUUUCUCUGUCUAGAAAGUUGAGAGGGGAGAGAGAGAACCCCGGCAAUGCGAGCUGGAUCCGCCUCAACCGUUCAUUCUUUGUCUCUCUAUUCCGACUGCUUUUUGUUGUUGUUGGCUCUGGAUUUUGCUUUUGGAAGAGGCGAGAGGGGCUCUGCUGCGGACUGCGAGCUAAAGCUAACAAAGACUACAGACAGCAGGUAUUUAAUUGUGGACUGGACGCUGCUGCAGUGGUUCCGUGACCCAAUCCCCAAUUGUGGACUGAACUUCGACCCGGAAAUCUGGAUCCGGCGGCGGGGGCUGCAGAAGGGAGAUCGAGGGGAAAUCCCCCGGCGGCGGAGCAGGGUAUAGAGGAAGAAGAAGGGUGGAUGGGUCACGGGUUCGAUUUCUGGGUGGGUUAAUGGGUUUUUUAGGUUGGGUGGGUUGGGUUGUGUUUGUAUGAGGUGGCACGUUUUUCUGACGUGGCGGGUCAAUUUUUGUUUUUUCUUGGGUUAAAAUUGGGUUACUAGGUAUCUCUGUUAGCCACGUCAGCAGUUAACUGACGACACUAACAGAGUCUGACGGAGGUUAACGGAGAGUGACCAAACUUUAACUGUUCAACUAAUUUAAGUGACUACCAAUGGAAUAAACGAAUUCGAGUGACCAAACGUGAAAUUUUGUAGCAAUUCGAGUGACCAAACUUGCAAUUUAGCCUAAUUACAAUAUCAACAAUGUCAUCUCCGUCACGUGGAAUGCUCAAUGAUCUUUGAUUUGAUACCAUUGACUCCACCAAGCGGAAGCAUUUUCUCUCCUCAACGCAGUAAUGCUGUCGGCCUAAAAGAUCUGUCCCAUGUGUGUUAAGUCAGAUUGUGAGAUCAUGACACUGGCUUUGAAGAAGCCUUUAGAUCUCUAGCCAUGGCAGUGCAGGACAACGUUGGCCCGGGUCACCGAGAUUCUCUAGUCUGCACCCUAGAUCAUAGUAGAGUUCACUCCAAGACAUUUUUAAGUCCUUGCUAAUUGGGUGGCACAGAGUGCUCGUGAUGAUUGUUUACCAAUGGAAUGGGUUACUAUAGCAAACCUGAUCGCACCACUAUUGUAAACUUGUUUGCUACCCUUGUUUCGGUUUUGGAAUAAAAGUUCAUCUUUCCA